AUGGCAGUCAGUUGUGAUGUGGAAAAAGUGUUGAAAAAGGCCCGCGACAGGGCGGCCAGAGCCGCCAAGGGUGUGAAGGAAGACUGUGCAGCGUUCUCCCCCGGUUCCUCCACCACCGGGCUGGAUCCUGAAAGCAAAGCGGACACCCCCCCGGGCAAGGCAACCUUUCAAAAAGGCCUUGUGGGCAAACGUCCACUUCGCACCGACUCCUUGGCAACAAUCGUGGAGACGCCGCCCCCAAAGAGGCGCAGCAACUCUUUCGACCAGGGCUCCGCCUCGAAGCUUGCAAGCAGCACUGCCAAGGACUCGACCCCGAAGGUCAAAAAAGGCCCACCUGAAGAGGAUGAUAAGGCCUCCGAGACAACCGUGAAGCCGAGUGCAAAAAGCAAGGCUAAGGCCAAGGCAACCAAGGCCACCAGCACAAAGGGCAAACGUGCAAAGGAGGAGGAGGAGGAGGAGGAGGAGGAAGACGAACAGCCAGGGACUGACCACGCCACCGCCAAGAGCAGCAAGGACACAUCCCCACGGAAACCCAAGGCCACAACACAGCAGGAAGGCAAGAAGGCUGGGAGCCCAGGCAAGGACCCCAAGGAGCCAAAGCCAAAGGAGCCAACGGAUGAGGAGGAGGAGGAGGAUCAGGAGGGGAAGAAGAAGCUGGCACACAAGCUGUACAUGCGGUUUUGGCGCAAUGUGCACGGCCGGGGCCCGCCCAAGGAGAUCAAGCGUGCCUACGAAGCAUCCAAGUACUGUGCUUUGGCAGAAGCAUGCAAAGAGAAGAUGUCGACGCUGUACGACGAUUUCUACCAAUGUAAGGGGAAAUGGUCUAAGAGCUUAGUCCUGAAAACGAUCCGGUCGACGUCGCGUGCCACCCGGAGAGGCACACGCAGGUGGCUCACAGAAGCCCAGCUCCUCACGCUCUUCGGCGGCGACAAAGAGGUGGUGAAAUCCAUUAUACUACGAAAAGAGGUAGACGAGGAACUCCGAGCAAAGGAAAUCAGGCAUCAUCCGGAAUGCCCAGGCCUUCUUCAGUAUCUGGUGUUGGUCGAGGAUGAAGAGUGCGGGGAGUUUGUCGAUGAGAUCUCGGACAUGUUCCAAGUGGAGGAAAGGGGGGAGGAAGGAGAUGAUUCCGACAGCGACGGUGACAGCGACAGCAGCGACGAUGAUGAGAGCAGCGACCGCGAUGCUAAGAAGAAAGACAAGAAGAAACAGAAAAAGGCCAUCAACACGCUCAACAGGAAGAUUCGCGAGAAGAAAGGCAAGCUCACUGAUCUGGCUGGCUUGAGCAAGAACCUCCGCAAGGCGGUCGAGCAGGACAUGAAUGAUGUUCUGUCCGAGAUGACCUCGGCCCGGGCGAGUUUGCAGGCAGCUUUGGACAGCGGGAAGGAGGAGAAGAUGACUAGCGAGACUGCUGCAGCCCAGGACGUCAUUGAUCGUGAUCAGAACUCUUUGUCGAUCUCUAGGACCCCGAAGCCAAAGGCUAAGGGUGGCAAGAAGUAG